CGGCAGGCUUUCUGCUUAUAAAAGACAAUGACUACUGAUGAAGGUGCUAAGAACAAUGGAGAAAGCCCAGCAGCCGCUGUUGCUGAACGGGGAGAAGAUAUUACCUCCAAGAAAGACAGAGGAGUACUGAAGGUUAUCAAAAGAGUGGGGAAUAGUGAGGAAAAGCCAAUGAUUGGAGACAAAGUUUAUGUCCAUUACAAAGGAAAAUUGUCAAAUGGAAAGAAGUUUGAUUCCAGUCAUGAUAGAAACGAGCCAUUUGUCUUCAGUCUUGGCAAAGGCCAAGUUAUCAAGGCGUGGGACAUUGGAGUGUCUACCAUGAAGAAAGGCGAGAUCUGCCAUUUACUGUGCAAACCGGAAUAUGCAUACGGCUCAGCCGGCAGUCUCCCCAAAAUCCCCUCGAAUGCAACUCUCUUUUUUGAGAUUGAGCUCCUUGAUUUCAAAGGAGAGGAUUUAUUUGAAGAUGGAGGCAUUAUUCGGAGAAUCAAAAGAAAAGGAGAGGGCUACUCAAACCCCAAUGAAGGAGCAACAGUAGAAAUCCACCUGGAAGGCCGCUGUGAUGGAAGGAUGUUCGAUUGCAGAGAUGUCGUGUUCGUUGUUGGUGAAGGAGAAGACCAUGACAUUCCCAUUGGAAUUGACAAAGCCCUGGAGAAGAUGCAGCGGGAGGAACAGUGUAUUUUGUGUCUUGGACCACGAUAUGGUUUUGGAGAGGCAGGGAAGCCUAAAUUUGGCAUUGAACCCAAUGCUGAGCUUUUAUAUGAAGUUACACUUAAGAGCUUCGAAAAGGCCAAAGAAUCCUGGGAGAUGGAUACCAAAGAAAAAUUGGAGCAGGCUGCCAUUGUCAAAGAGAAGGGGACUGUGUACUUCAAGGGAGGCAAGUACUUGCAGGCGGUGAUUCAGUACGGGAAGAUCGUGUCCUGGUUAGAGAUGGAGUACGGUCUAUCCGAGAAGGAAUCGAAAGCGUCCGAGUCGUUCCUGCUGGCCGCCUUUCUGAACCUGGCCAUGUGCUACCUGAAGCUCCGAGAGUACACCAAAGCCGUGGAGUGCUGCGACAAGGCCCUUGGAUUGGACAGUGCCAACGAGAAAGGCUUGUACAGGAGGGGCGAGGCCCAGCUGCUCAUGAACGAGUUUGAGUCGGCCAAGGGCGACUUUGAGAAGGUGCUGGAAGUAAACCCGCAGAAUAAAGCUGCGCGGCUGCAGAUCUCCGUGUGCCAGAAGAAAGCGAAGGAGCACAACGAGCGGGACCGCAGGACCUACGCCAACAUGUUCAAGAAGUUCGCAGAGCAGGACGCCAAGGAAGAGGCCAGUAAAGCAAUGGGCAAGAAGACCUCGGAAGGGGUCACCAAAGAAAAAGGAACGGGGAGCCAAGCGAUGGAGCAAGAGAAAACUGAAGGCCGCCGCGUAUGACGCCACGCCAGGGAGGGAAGGGAGUCCUAAUGCGCUCGGCCCCUCCUCAAUGGGCGUUCACCCAACUCAGGACUACACAGUGUUUCACGUCAAGUUUGUUCUAGUCUGUGUGAUUCUGGAAGCAGAUGGCAAAACCAGUAGCUUCCCCCAAACAACCACCCUGCUGCUGCCUAGGUUCACGGAGGCGGGUGGCGUGGGACCACUCCAGGUGGAACAAAACCAGUGGCUGUUGGUGUGGAGAGCGAGCCAACAGCUCAGUCCAGCUCAUUUCAGUGUAUGUCAGCUUUCAGCACCCAGGUCGGGGUCGGGGAGGUCACCCCAUGAUUUGGGCUAUCUGUUAGUUUUACAUUUGAACUUUCAGAGCACUGCAAAAAUCUUUUUUAAAACGUUCAUGAAUUUCUCCUUUCCUACAGGCGGCUGGGAUGGGGGAAGGAGGGUGAGGUUUUGUUUUUUUUUAAUGGCUACAGAGCUAUGAAUGCAGAAAGGUUGCACUUUUAACCCAAAGAACCCAUAGUAGAGGGCUCAAGCCAUUCCUGUCCCCUUGGCUCCACAGCAGCGUCACAGACUUGGGGCCAGAACCUCAGAGGCCCCUUGCUGGCUGCCGCAGCUCCUCCCAGACCGCCUCCUCGCCACCCUCCUGUGAGCGCUUUCUCCACACCCCCACCCCGCCCGGGAGGAAUUCUGUCUAAACACCCUUCGCGAUGAUAUUGAGCAGACGGGAGUUUCUGGAUUAGCGUCCCUGUUUUGGAUGGAGUUCUGAGAUGCUGAAAUGUGAAAAGAGCAAUCACAAUUGUG